AUGCAACGCGCGUUAAGCGAGAGCAACUUGGAUUGGGACGCGCUCGUGCUCGUUGGAUUUGGUAAAGGUGGUGGCAUUGCACUAAACGCCCUCGUGAACAAGUUGCUCCCCAAACCGGUUGCUGGCAUCAUCUUGUUCAGUCCAAUUGUAGUUUUUCCUCAUCGACGACGCAUGCGGCAACCAAAGCAAGGCCAGGAAGACCAGGCCAAGCUGUUCACGUUCUGGGGCAGGCCAGCGGACCCGUCGACGCCGGACAGCUACUGCAACUUAUUGGCGCAGAAGUUAGAGAGCUUUCAGGAAGAACUGCAGUACACGCCGGAGAUCAUUCCAGAUGGGGAGCACGUGUUCGACAAGAAGAGCAUCGCAGCUUUGACCAAAGCCAUCUCUUCGUGCAUUUGA